AUGUUUACGACGGCAACAAAGUUUAGCCUUUCCAGAAUCCGGAUCCUCCAGCCCAGAGAGCCGCAUUUCGGUAGGGAAGCUUGCUCCGGAGAGAAUGAGCGGCUAGGAGUGGCUCUGAACGGAAAACCUACGGUCGAGAAUCAUGACGCACUGUUCUGGGGAGAGAUUAGAACCUGGGAGAUUACAAGGACCAGCUGUUUGACGGCGACAACUAUCACGAUUAACCUGGCCCUCAACGAAAGAGUCACAGAGCUGCUCGAAGUCGACCUCGGCGUUUCCUCGAGUAUCGUACAGCUUGCCAACAUCAUGUCGCUGCAUUAUCUCCCCGCCGUAAAACCCUCUGCUAUUGCCCUCGGCACCUUCUUCAACCAAUCCGUCGAACUGGCCGUGCUUUCUCCUCUCUUCGGUCAAACCUAUCAGCGCGCCAAAGCCGCCAACACCAAAGAAGAGUUCUUGCGCUCACGCGAAGCAACCGGCGCCGCAGUCGCCUGGACGACCUCCCUGGUUGGCAGCGCGCUGCAGAGUUACGGCGUUGGGGCGCUGAUCAAUGCGACGGGGACGUUGAGCUAUCGAGGCGCGGCGUACUUGGGGGGGCUGAUUUUUAUGGCCACUAGUGCACCUACGUUUUUCGGCCAGCUCUUUGUCGAAAAACGCGCUUGGGAAACCGUCGGCGUCAGCGUCAUCGCCAAAUUGUUCGAGACAAUUGGUCUCUCGCUGGUGCUCACCUGGUGGGGAACGCGCACCAAUCCACUUGAGCAUUCCGGCGCCGGCGGCACCCCGCUGAGCCGCAGCCCCUUUCGGAAUGACUAA